AUGCAUGCCCAGUGUGGUGUGGAGAUCAAACCAGGAGGAAUGCUGAAGUGGAAGGGAUUUAGAAGACAUUCCAUAGGCUCAGAUCACUAUGAGGAGAAAGCCAUUGAAAUGCCUGUAACAAUGCCCUCAAGUGGAUUUAACAAAGUGUUUUCUUUGCACUUCUUAGAUGCCUGUCAGUGCCCACGCUGGCAUUGGUUGGCUCUGAAACUCAGCUGUGCUGGGCUGAUCUUGCUUGUCUUGAGCCUAAUUGGACUGGGUGUUUCAGUGCGAGUCUUAGUGCAAAAACCACCAAUAAAACAAUGCAGUGUGUCUGCUCAAGAGACUGUGGCUGAACCAACAGGGAGAUCAACCAUACUAAAGUGUCCAAGAGAUUGGCAUCUACACUGGGAUAAAUGCUUAUUUUUUUCUCAAAAUUCAAGACCUUGGGAUGAAGGUCUAGCUGAUUGUUCUGUGAAAGAAGCCACUUUGCUGCUCAUUCAAGAUAAAAAAGAACUGACACUGAUUCAGAACGUCUCAAAUAGAAAAGGACAUCAGUUUUCUAUUGGACUAAAAUAUGUACCAAUGGAGAAGAUCUGGAAGUGGAUAAAUGGGUCUACUUUAAAUCUUGAUCAAUUACGAGUCACUGGCAAGGAAGAAGAAAACAGCUGUGCUCUCAUUUCGGAGACAAAAGUGUUUUCUGACACUUGCUCUGCAGACAACCGUUGGAUCAGCCAAAAGAAGCUGAAACAUGAGUGAAAUCCUGACUCCUGAUUGUGAUUCUCGUCUCUAUUCUUUUACUUUCCACACCAGCUGUCUGCAUUGAGCUGUCAAGGCUGUC